AUGAAGUCUGUGCCACUGCUGAUCGGUCAGUUCCAGGAGAUGAUCGACGAAGACCACGCUAUCGUGCAGGGCAUCGGCGGUAUGAACUUCUACGUGCGCGUGUUGACGACGAUUGACCGCGAGAAGCUGGAGCCGCCGACGGGCGUGUUGCUGUACGGGCCUCCGGGCACUGGCAAGACGCUAAUGGCAAAAGCCGUUGCGAACUCGACGAACGCGACGUUCUUCGCCAUCGUUGGCAGCGAGUUCGUGCACAAAUACCUUGGCGAAGGCCCGCGACUCGUGCGCGAGAUUUUCAGGAUGGCGAACGAGCACGCGCCGAGCAUCAUCUUCAUCGACGAGGCGGACACGAUUGCGACGAAGCGCUACGACGCGCAGACGGGCGCGGACCGCGAGGUGCAGCGCAUCCUGAUGGAGCUCCUGAACCAGAUGGACGGCUUUGACCAGGCGACGCAGGUCAAAGUGAUCAUGGCCACCAACCGCGUAGACACGCUCGACCCGGCGCUGCUGCGCCCAGGCCGACUGGACCGCAAGAUAGAGUUUCCGAUUCCGGAUAAACUGCAGCGGCGGCUGAUUUUCCAAGCUUGUAUGAACAAGAUGAACAUUAGCCCGAAUUUCGACUUGCACGCGCUGCUCAGCCGCCCGGGGCACCUCAGCGCGGCGGACAUCGCUGCGAUCUGCCAGGAAGCGGGCAUGCGCGCGAUCCGCGCCGAUCGCUACGUUGUUGAGCAGGACGACUUCGAGCAGGCGUGGAACUCGCAGAGCAGCGCGAAGAACCAGACGCAGAGUUUCUACAGUUUUUGA